UGUACGUGUGCAGUUCGAAAGUACGGCCGGCCAAUUUAUGGAUUUAUUUUUUUUUUUAAGUGAAAUUAAAAUUUGAAAUCAAAUUGUGAGCAAACGAAAUAAAAAGUCGUAAUUGGUACUCGUAACUAAAUGUGUUUAAAUAUUGGAAUAGUAAAAAUUUUUAAACAAAUCAAUACAAAAAUUGUGUCAAACACUAAACUCAUACAUUGUAAUUUUAAUGAAAAGAAGUGCAACUUAAUAAUAUAAGUUUAAAGAAGAAAAAAAUCGUUCAAGAAAACAUAAAAAAGAAAUAUCAAAACAAAAAUUAGUCGAAAAAGUAAACAAAAACCACUGCUACAAUACAAGAACAAAAAUAUGGGGUUUUCAUCGGCCCUACAGGGCCGUGCCGCGCACGAGGCAUUAAUCGUGCGCCAAGAUGCCGAACUGCGCCUUAUGGAGACCAUGAAACGGUCCAUUCAAUUAAAAGCCAAGAGUGAUCGGGAAUAUGCGAUCGGGUUGGCUGCGGUUGCACAACAGGGCUUGAAAAUCGAUCGCGCCGAUGAAAUGCAAGGCAGCCUGAUAACGAAAGCCUGGCGCUCCUACAUGGACGAAUUGGAUCAUCAAGCGAAACAAUUCAAAAGCAAUGCAGAACUACUUGAAGUCGUCUGCGAAAAGCUGACACAUUUAUCACAGGAUAAACGUAAAGCACGCAAAGCUUACCAGGAGGAGCAUGCCAAGAUCGCAGCGCGCCUCAAUCAUCUCACAGAUGAAGUGGUUCGUAAGAAAGCCGAAUAUCAAAAACAUUUAGAAGGUUACAAGGCAUUGCGUACACGUUUUGAGGAACACUACAUCAAAUCCGGUCGUGGUGGUCGAAAGUUGGACGAUGUACGCGAUAAAUAUCAAAAAGCCUGCCGCAAAUUACAUCUCACCCACAACGAAUAUGUGCUCUCCAUCACCGAGGCCGUUGAGGUGGAGAAGGAUUUUCGCACAGUAUUGCUGCCAGGACUACUGGAGCAUCAACAAUCUGUGCAAGAGAGUUUCAUAUUGCUCUGGAAGAAUAUACUGCAAGAGAUAAGCCAACAUGGCGAUCUCACGUCCGACAAAUUUAAAGAGAUACAGAAGCGCAUCGACAAUGUGAUAAACAGCAUAAAUCCCAGUGAGGAGUAUCGGGAAUUCACCGAGAAACACAAAACUUCCCCCACCACACCGUUAGUAUUCCAAUUUGACAAUUCACUCAUCGAGGAUAUACCUGGCAAACUGCAAUCAAACACUCUUACAGUUGAUAAUCUCACAGUCGAUUGGCUGCGUUCACGUAUCAUUGACUUGGAAAUGUCCGUGAAGGAUUGCCAAGAGAAGCAGCUGAAGAUGAUCGAGCAGGCGAAUGGCGGUUCACCCAUAGCGAAUGGCAGCAUAACGCGGAAUGGCAGCACGGCAAGCAAUGGCAUACAAUCGCCCAAGGAUAGUCAGAACAGGCAAUCCAAGGACCUCAAUGCGCUGCGCUGUCAAGAGAAACAAAAACAAAAGCUGGUGGAUAUGAUUAAGUGCGCUUUGAAUGAGAUUGGCUGCGAAGAGUUGCCAUCUGGCUGUGAUGAUCAUUUGGAACAGAACUUCAUAGAGAAUAGUUUUAAUAACGACCAACAGAACUCAGCGGCUUCAACUAAUUCCACCGGCGUAAGUAUUAUGAACGAGCUACGACGACGAGGUGGCGUAUUGACAUUACUACGCGGUAGACCCUUCAAACGCAAGUCCACACCGCAGCCGACUACGCCCACCGCCAAUCGUACGCGCACGCAACGUUUUAACAAACUACAGCCGAGAUCACAAAGUCUCGGAUCUUUGUCGGUAAAUACCAGCCCCGCGAAAUACGAGCCCAUUACUAACCCAUUGCGCAUGGCCACUAGCCUCGAAGCUAACACCAGCUACGGCCUGCAUGCCAUAGAUCCCGACUCAGUGAUUAUGUUUGAUCGUUGCGCCGCUACUGCGAAAAUGUUUCCCAAGCUGCGACGUACGCAGCUUUCACUGUUGUGUUUAAAUGAAGAGGACACACCUACCGCUUUUGUUAUAUCCAUUGAUACUAACCCAAACGAGCCCAUGCCAGAGUUUAACGAUCAUAAAAACAAUAAUAACAAUAUAUAUGCAGACCUCUUAGGGGGUUGUGAAUCGUUGGGUGGGGAUUGUGAUAGUGUUAGAAGUGGUGAGUUAGCAUUGCGACGACAAGAAAACGUGCGAAUCGAAAUAAAUCGUGAGGACAUGAAGAAUUCUAUUGAUGCGCACUUGGACAAGAUCGAUGAAUUAAAUCGCACACUGGAUGAUCGCUUGAAACGGCACUUGCCGCAACUGAAUUUCGAUGCCAUCGAGACUGCCGAACCAACAGCCGUCACGGCACGCACGAAAACUGUUGCAGAGCAAGAGGCACAUUGCUCUUCGAAGCGCACGUCCAGUUCGAGCUCUGACUGUCGCCCGUGUGCAACGCGCAAGGAGAAGGACAGCGAUUCGAAUGGAAAUUGCAAGAAACGCUCCGUAUCGUUCUCACAAAAGUCCAUAAAUGCGAUUAUGACCAAUCUCAAGGAGUUUACCAAAAAAAAUGUACAUCCAAAAGCACCGAAGACUACCAUAACCUUAGUUGAAUAUAAAGAGAACAGCGAUCAGUUCGAGCUGAUCGAUCCGGAGCUUGGUAAGUCAACGCAAAGUAAUGGACGUGCAAACGAUCCGACCUCAACCGUCGACGCAAUCAAUCAAGCCACACAAACCACAACUGAUACGGACACGAAGCCAAAAGCUAAUGGCACAGCAAACAAAGAGCAAAUCACCAAUAACAAUAACAACAACCACAACGACUCUACAGACGACACAAACACGAGUACAAUAACGCAAGCACCAACGGUACUUGCCGAUGCCACAAAUCCGUCCAAAAACGAGCCAAUCGGCAUGUCCGCUAAGCUGCGUUUAAAAGUGCCCAAAAUACAAAAGAAAUCCAAAGCACUACGUCAAACAUUCCGUGCCAAGUUGCUGAAUUUCCAAAUCAAGCGGGACAAAAUAUGUAAACAGUGCACUAAACGUCGACGGGUGCAUCCAUCGAAAAAUGUUUUCGAUUUUAGUAAAGAUUUUGGUUUUAAAAAAGAUGAAGUCAACACGGAGUGUUGCGAUGCGACCAAUGAGGAGUUUUGCACUUGUCCACCUGAGAAGAUAGUAAACAAGAGGGCCUUCAACGAGCCAACACACUUCGAUUCGACAAGCUCUGCCGAUGCUGAAGACGAAGGCAGUGGCGGUGAAGAUCACCUAAGUCUGAAGGAGCAUUGCUACAGUGUGCCCAGCUUGGCGAUGAGUAUGUCGCUCUCCACCAAUCGGCCACUCUACGAAGAGGAAUGGUUCCACGGCGUGCUGCCUCGCGAAGAAGUCGUACGGCUACUCAACAACGAUGGUGAUUUCUUAGUGCGCGAGACCAUACGCAACGAAGAGAGUCAAAUUGUGCUGAGUGUUUGCUGGAAUGGACACAAGCAUUUCAUUGUGCAAACAACCGCCGAUGGGCAUUUUCGUUUCGAAGGUCCACCAUUUCCCAGUAUUCAAGAGCUCAUCAUGCACCAAUAUCAAUCGGAGUUACCGGUGACGGUGAAGUCGGGUGCCAUUUUGCGACGUGCCAUUUGCCGCGAACGUUGGGAGCUGAGCAAUGAUGAUGUGGUGCUGCUGGAGAAAAUCGGCAGAGGCAAUUUCGGUGAUGUUUAUAAGGCGAAAUUGAAGUCAACCAAACAGGAUGUCGCUGUGAAAACCUGCCGCAUGACCUUGCCCGAUGAGCAAAAGCGCAAAUUUUUGCAGGAGGGACGCAUCCUAAAGCAAUAUGAUCAUCCGAAUAUUGUCAAAUUAAUCGGUAUUUGUGUACAGAAGCAGCCGAUUAUGAUAGUCAUGGAACUCGUGCCGGGUGGCUCAUUGCUGAAUUAUUUGCGUAAGAACUCAAAUGCGUUGACGACACGGCAACAAAUGGGCAUGUGUCGAGAUGCGGCGGCCGGCAUGCGCUACCUAGAAUCCAAGAAUUGCAUACAUCGAGAUCUCGCAGCACGCAAUUGUUUGGUUGAUUUUGAAAAUCAAGUAAAAAUCUCCGAUUUUGGCAUGUCACGCGAAGAGGAAGAGUAUAUUGUUUCCGAUGGCAUGAAGCAGAUACCUGUUAAAUGGACAGCGCCGGAGGCAUUAAAUUUCGGCAAAUACACCUCACUGUGUGACGUUUGGUCCUACGGUAUUUUAAUGUGGGAAAUUUUCUCCAAAGGUGAUACACCCUACUCGGGCAUGAGUAAUUCACGAGCACGUGAGCGAAUCGAUGCAGGUUACCGCAUGCCAGCGCCUGAAAACACACCGCCCGAAAUGUAUCGGCUCAUGUUGAAGUGCUGGGCUGCCGAAGCAGAGUCACGACCACAUUUCGAUGAGAUCUAUAAUGUCGUGGAUGCACUGAUCAUACGUUUAGAUAAUAAUCAUUAACAACAACAGCAACAACAACAACAACAGCAACACUAUCAAAUGGAAAUUCGAUGCAAAUGCAAGCAAAUACUAUAAAAUCUCUAAUUAUUUUCAUACUACAUAUUUGCAUAUACAUACAUAUAUACAUAUAUAAGAAGAAGAAGAAGAAGAAUAAGAUAUAUACUAUAAGUAUGUGCGUUUGUAUAGAUUAUAAGAGAAGAGUAAGAAAAUCGAAUUGUGCUAAAAUCCAUUUACACACAUACAUACAUACAUACAGUUAAGGUGAUAUACAUUUAUUUAUACAUUAAGGCAUUAAGGCGUUAUACAUGCAUGCAUACAGACAUGCAUAGGCAUGCACUAUAAAAUGCGUGGGAAGAAAAUCAAAUUUUAUAUUUUGUAAUGCAUACAUACAUACAUACAUACAUACGUAUUUUAAGGCUCUUAUUCCUACUCAAAUUUUACAUAAAGAAAUGUACAUACAUUUAUGUAUAUAACUACGAGUAAGUACAUACAUACAUACCUACCUACUUUUGAAUGUAUUUAGCUAACAAAAGUCGUAGCCGCUCUGGAAUACCGCUCUGCUACCACUACUCAAACGCUACAUAAGUGACUAAAUAAUUGUAAUGCCGCGCAGCUGUGUAAAUAAUUAAAAUGCGAAAAUGGAAGCUACCUAUGUACAUACAUGCAUACACACAUACACGCAUACAUAUAUACGUACAUCCGUCUGUACGAGUGUGUGUGUGUGUAUUUUAGGUGCACUUCAUUGCAGUUUUGUAAAUUUAAUUUUUUCGAAAUUUAUUGCUGCUAGAAAAUAAAUUUUCGAGAUUAUCUGUAUCCUCGAUGUGCCAAAAAAGGAAAACAAAACGAAAAGCGAAUGUAAACAUAAGCAUUAAUGUCGAUUUGUGUUUAUGUUUAUGUUAUUUUGUUUGUUAAGAGAAACAAAAAGUUAAUAAUUUAGAUUAUUAAGCUCAACUACGACAUACAACAGAUCACUGAGCGGGUGAAGGUUGUCUUGUGCCGAUUUACACACAGAGACAUCUGAAAGGAAGACUCUGGAAAUUCUCGUUUAAUGUCUUAUUCACGAUAUACAAAUUCAAAAGCAUAAAUGGUGUGGGAGUAAUGGCAGUUAGUAACGAAAAUUGAUCAAAUGAUCCUUGCAUACCUUUCUAGUGUCAAGCGAUUAGCAACUCUUCCAGGAAAAAACAAAAAAAAAACAAAAAAAAAAAUACAUAAAUAA